AUGCAAAAUCAGGUUGCGACCUCGGAUGAACGAAUAUCAGACAAAAAGAUGCCAGAACUCACAGUGACGUCAGAAAUAUAUGAGGAAUAUGAUUACAGAACUAAAAUAACACCAAGUACGGAAGGGAAUGUCAUUUCAGAAUUUCCGUUUUUAUUGCCCAAAGAUGGUGACGCUGCUACUUUUGAUGAAGACGAUGACUUAGUCCUAGAAAGACCGCGAAAAGAAGUUAUCAAAAUUGAACAUAGUUCAAAGACUAAAAUCGCACUAGUCGGCCUCCAAGUAUGGCGGGGCGCGUUUCUAUUAGGUGACUGGUUGAUCCAUCUCGGUUUGAAGGGAGAACUCACGAACAAAUGUGUAUUGGAACUUGGUGCUGGGACCGGCCUUACUAGUUUUGUGGCGGCUUUGUAUGCUAAAAAAGUUGUUUGUACUGAUAUUGACCUAGGAGGUAUCUUAGAACUUAUCAAGUUAAAUGCAAAAUACAACAGGAGCUUAAUAAAGUCUAACUUUAAAGUGAUGCCUCUAGAUUUCACUGAUACGAAUUGGAAGCCGCAAGUGCUAGACGAAAUAAAACAUUCGGAUAUUAUAAUUGCUGCUGAUGUUAUUUACGACGAUGACGUUACGGCCGCAUUCAUAUCGACUAUACAAAAGAUAUUAAACAUCCAGCCACCGAAAACUCUGUACAUCGUGUUAGAAAAGCGCUACGUGUUCACGAUAGAACAUUUGGAUUCCGUCGCGCCUUGCUACGAAACAUUCCUCGCUCUGCUCGACAAAGUCAAAACAGAGAAUCAACAUUCCACGUGGACCAUUCAAGAACUACCUCUAGAUUUUCCAAAAUACUUUACGUACGACCGCGUCAAAGAUCUAGUACUGUGGAAAAUAUCUUCGACUAAAUGCUAA